AUGGAACGAUUCUUUAAAAGAAAAUUAUCUACGGAUAGUCCUUCUCCGUCUAAUCCGGGUAGUUCAAAUGCAAGACCAAUUGAAGUAGAUGAGAUCUUAGCUAAUCUUCAGGCAGACCCUGGACUAAGAACUCGAAUGGCGGAUUAUAGUCCUAAUAUUCGGGAUGAGAUUCGAAGAGCAUAUCUACAAAAGGGACCUUGUCAACCUAGAAGUUAUAAAUUCCCACAAACUAAUCAAUCAGGAAUUAAUAGACGCUUCAUUGCUAAUUGGUUUGAUGAUCAUGAUUGGUUGGAAUAUAGUAUUGCUAAAGAUGCUGCAUUUUGUUUUCAUUGUUAUCUCUUCAAAUCAAAUUUUGAUCAAGUGGGUGGUGAUGCAUUCACUGGGGUAGGCUUCAAUAAUUGGAAGAAGGCGAAAGAAAGAUUUAACCUUCAUGUUGGACCGGUUGGUAGUGUUCACAACCAAGCUAGAGAAGUUGCUUACAAUUUGAUGCAUCAAACUACACACAUUGAAACAAUUGUCAUCAAGCAAACAAGCCAAGCUCGCACAGCUUAUCGCACUUGCUUGAAUGCAUCACUUAAGUGCACUAGGUAUUUGUUGCGACAAGGUCUUUCUUUUCGUGGUCAUGAUGAAAGUGCACAAUCAAGUAAUAGAGGGAAUUAUUUAGAGCUCUUGCAAUUUCUUGCGAAUCAUGAUGAAAAAGUUAAAGCCGUUGUGUUGGAAAAUGCUCCAGGAAAUUUGAAGUUAAUAGCUCCUUCAAUUCAAAAAGAUCUUGUCAAUUCUUGUGCUAAAGAAACCAUUGGUCUUAUCUUGAGUGAUGAGCAAAUGGCGAUGGUGCUUCGUUAUGUGAAUGACAAAGGACAAAUAAUUGAAAGGUUUGUGGGGGUUCAAUAUGUGACCGAUACUACUUCAAGUGCACUAAAGGAAGCCAUUGAUGAAUUCUUUUCUUCUGCGAAUUUGAGUUUUUCCAAGCUACGAAGACAAGGUUAUGAUGGAGCUAGUAAUAUGAGAGGUGAGUUCAAUGGCCUUAAGACAAAGAUUUUGAGAGAACAACCUUGUGCAUUUUAUGUUCAUUGUUUUGCUCAUCAACUUCAACUAGCUCUUGUUGCGGUAGCAAAGAAAAACAUUGAUGUCAACUCUUUUUUCACAACGGCUAAUAGUUUGGUCAAUGUUGUUGGAGCAUCUUGUAAGCGUCGGGAUGCACUUAGAGCACAAUACCAAGAAGAGCUUGUGAGAGCUUUUGAAGAAGAUUGUCUUAUAAUGGGGCGGGACUUAAAUCAAGAAACUACUCUCAAACGUGCCGGCGAUACACGAUGGAACUCACAUUAUGUUCCUACCAUGGAUGAGGAAUAUGUAAUUCCAGGGAGGUCACGGCGUAAUGCUCCAAUGAAGACAAAUUAUCAUCAUUAUUGUGUGGAGAUGUUUAUUCAUGUAAUUGAUGGACAACUUGUGGAACUAAAUGAUCGCUUCAACGAGAACUUUUACGCUAAGCCCCCUUGGCCACAUAAUCCUGGAUCCGCCACUGCCCACUGUCCCAUCCAUUCAUGCAGCCUCUCAGGUUCAAUGCAUCUAAUGAUAACAUGUCUCCACCUUGGCAUAACCAAGCCCAAGCAUCCCACCGAUGGUACCCUGCGUUAUCCUCUCCCAAAAGCCCUCCUCACAACAAUCUCUGAACUUGAGCCCACUUGUUUCUCUCAAGCCUCCAAAAGUCAUAAGUGGCGCUCUGCGAUGUCCAAAGAGAUCAAUGCUUUGCUUAAAAAUAAUACAUGGUCUCUAGUUCCUCCUUCACCUCAUCAUAACACAGUUGGUUCUAAGUGGGUGUUUCGGAUAAAACGAAAGCCUGAUGGAUCUAUUGAGCGUUAUAAAGCUUGUUUAGUGGCCAAGGGUUUUCAUCAACAGCUCGGAAUUGAUUAUGGUGAGACAUUCAACCCGAUUGUAAAACCUACCACCAUUCGAACGAUUCUCAGUGUUGCCAUUUCCCGUGGUUGGCCGCUACGCCAACUCGACGUCAAAAAUGCAUUUCUUCACGGGUUCCUCCAAGAAGAUGUUUACAUGAUUCAACCUCCAGUUUUCAUCGACCCCGAUCGUCCAAAUUAUGUGUACAAGCUACACAAAUCUCUCUACGGUCUCAAACAGGCACCCCGGGCGUGGUUCCAUCGCAUUAGCUCCUUCCUUAUUACUAUCGGUUUCACACAAAUCCUUCCACAUGGUGAUUCCCUGCACAUUAAUCAAUUAAAAUAUGCUCAUGAUUUGUUACAAAAGCAUAAUCUUGAACAUUGCAAGUCGGUCACUACUCCCAUCGCUGCAAAGGUGGUUUUGUCCAACACCGAUGGUCCGCUCCUUCCUUCUCAAACGGAGUUUUGUGAACUUGUGGGCUGCCUUCAAUAUCUCACAUUGACACGUCCCAACAUUGCUUAUGCGGUGAAUACGGUUUCACAGUUUAUGAAUGCCUCUCGUGCUCCUCAUCUUGUUGCCGCCAAGCGUAUUCUUCAGUACGUCAAAAGGACUGUCGAUCAUGGUCUUGUAUUUAGACCUCAGACACGAACUGCACGCCUUUGUGCUUAUUCAAAUGUAGAUUGGGCGGGGUGCCCUGAUACCCGCCGUUCUACCAGUGAUUACUUAAUUUACUUGGGUUCAAAUCUUGUCUCUUGGUGCUCAAAGAAAUAG